AAAAGAAAAGAUACCCCGUCAUAAAGUUAGAUGCCUGGUUAAGCUGUUUUCUUUGGUGCCUUUGUAGUUCUUUAUAAAAAACUAUCCUUUUUUCACAAAAAAAAAAUCAAUUAGCCAAAGAAUGUACUUAUCGUCUCAAAAUUUCAGCAAGGUAGAGAGUUGUAUAGAGCUGCCGCCGAAGUGAAUCCUCCUGUUUCCAGAGCAUAACCCGUAAAAGAUUGGCUUUGUGUGAUCGAACUUGACUUCUUUUGGGGGGACAAAUAAAGCAUUUGAAACGGCUCCUCUUGUUUUGGGACAGACGAAGGACAGCAUGGCUGGUGAGGAGAGGAACCUAAUUGAGAUUUUAGAGGAGAAUAUCCCUAUAGACUUUAACAAGUACAUCACAUAUGUUCAGUCACCAGAAUGUGGUGCUAUAGCCACUUUUUCUGGUACAACUCGCAACACAUUUGAGGGCAAAGAAGUGUUGGAGCUAAGGUACGAGGCGUACACUCCGAUGGCAAUACGUUGCAUUCAAACUGCAUGCUCGUCUGCUCGAUCAACAUGGAAUCUCAACUUGAUUGCUGUUGCCCACAGACUAGGACCUGUGGCAGUUGGGGCGACAAGUGUGUUUGUUGCGACAUCAUCUGUGCACAGAACAGAUGCAUUGGAUGCUUGUAAGUUUCUGAUUGACGAGAUUAAAGCGUCUGUUCCAAUCUGGAAGAAGGAAGUGUAUACUAAUGGGGAGGUUUGGAAAGAAAACAGAGAGUUUCUAGACAGAAAUGCUGAGAAAAUGACACAAAAUGGGAGCAUUAGUGAGAAAAGGGGGUGCUGCUCAGGGGCAAAGGUGAGAAUUGAGUGAUGGUCAUAGUUUCUGCCUUUUUCUUUUCCAGGCAUGUGGAAGUAAAAAGUAAAUAAAAACAAGUACAGUUCGAAUACACUUCAGACUGAACUAAUCCAGAUCUUAAUUUAGUUUUCUUUAAGUAGUUCCAGAUGCUCUCUUAGACUAUUUUUAAAAUGUAUUAUGAGCUGGACAUGUGGUGGUGGUGAUAUGUUGACAGUUUCUUGGUCCAAGUAUAUCUAAUAUUUAAGCAUGACGUGAAAGUAUAGACCAAAUAAU